CCCACCCCAGGACCUCGCUGUGGUGCCAAGAUGAGCAAGACCCAGCAGAGCCAGGAGCCGCUGUCGGAGCUGGAGAAGGCCAUGGACAUCAUCAUCGAUGUCUUCCACCAGUUCUCCCGGCGGGAGGGGGACAGGGACACCCUCACCAAGAAGGAGCUCAAGCUGAUGAUUGAGAAGCAGCUGGCGAAUUACCUGAAGCACGUGAAGAACAAGGCCACCAUCGACCAGAUCAUGAAGGACCUGGACAUCAACAAGGACGCCCAGAUCAGCUUUGGGGAGAUGAUGCUGCUGGUCACCCGUGUCACCUGUGCCACCCACGAGCACCUGCACGAGGUGGAGGACCAGCAGCACCACCAGCACCAGCACCAGCACCACCACUGAGGCAGCCCAGCCCCUCCCAGGAACCCCUGGAGCUUGGGGAAAAACCUCCCAAAAAAACCAAAUCCAGCCUCAAACCCUGCCCAACUCCUUCCCCUUCCUCCCGUUUUGCUGCCAAAUAAAGAUUUACCAAAGAUUU